AUGCCUCGUUCAUUUACACUAAGAAGACUGACUACGCCAAAACAUUCGGACACGUCGCAAAGUACAGGAAGGGAUGAAAGUGAAAGAGAACAAAAAGUCUUGGAACAUCCAGAUGCAGAUAACACAAGAGUAAGGACUGAAACUAGCCAAGUAAGAAGUGAUUGGAGUGUGACACAAGAGUUAGUAGAUGGGAGCCAAUCGCAGGAGAGUGCUAAUAGGGAAUGCGCAGAGGGUCUGUCCUUUUCCAUAGAAAAAAUCCUGACUUUACCUGCCUCUGGAGCAAAACGUACCCAUCGGAAACCUAUUGUUAAAAAGUCCAGCAAUGCUUCAAAUUACCACUGCCCUCACUGCGGAAAAGUCUUUAAAACUAAUUACACUUUUGGAAAGCACAUGAAAAUGCCCGAACACACGAGUGACAAGCCAUUUGCAUGUCAAACAUGUGGCAAAGGUUUUCGUCUCUCCAGUACACUGUGUAGACACAAGAUUAUCCACACCAAUCAGCGACCCUUCAAAUGUCACGUGUGUAACAAAGCCUUCAAUCGCCAAUCUACACUAAAGACACAUUACAAAAUCCAUAAAGGCCUGGUAACGAAUGACAACAAUGUUGUACAGCCAAGCUACGGCUGCGUUGCAGUCUGGUAA